AUGGGAAGAAAUGACGACGCAACUUUGAGUAGUACUUACAGAGGCGUUAGAAAGAGGACAUGGGGGAAAUGGGCGGCGGAAAUCCGAGACCCGACCAAGAAGGCGCAGAUAUGGCUCGGCAGCUUCGACACGCCGGAGAUGGCUGCGGUGGCCUACGACGUCGCCGCCUACUUCUUCCGAGGCCGCCAUGCUCGCCUCAACUUCCCGCAUCUUGUCGACCUCAACCGCCUACCGUCCCCUCGCAGCUCCAGUGUGGAACACAUUCGCGAGGCGGUGCGCGAAGCCCUCCAGGCAAUGUGGCCGACAUCGCCGGGCAGUGAAGCUUCUUCGAUCGCUCCGCUCACCGUCUCACUGUCGCAGCAAGAAAUCGAAGCUAUGAGGCAGUAUCCUAUGUACUCACCUGAUGUGCAAAUGCCAGAGUUUGGCCAAGAGGAGCAGUACUUCUAG